AUGUUUCUUUGUUAUAUUGUAGUUGGGGUAUGUUGUUUAUUACCAAAUCAGCUUGCUUGUAUUGAAACAACAUGUCUUUUCCCCACUACGUCUGGCUAUGUGAUUCAUGCUAAUCAUUUUUGUGAUGAAGCGUUAUCAUUCACAAUGGGGUAUCUUGAUAUUUGGUCUAAUAUCAUUCCUAACGAAACGGCUGCUAUUCCAGUGAUUAUUUCUUAUUGGGACAGUCAUACUUCUCCUGCGGUUUAUAUUGCAGUUUUCGGAGUAUUGAUUGCAUUCAUCAAUUGUUGGAAUAUUAAAUUUUACGGAGAGUUUGAAUUUGUAGCUGGUACUUUAAAAAUGUUUCUCGUAACUCUUUUAGUUAUUGUUGGGUUAGUUAUUGAUUUAGGUGGUGCUGAAACCGAAAGAUUAGGAUUCCAUUAUUGGAAAGUAUCGCCAUUCAUUCCAAAAUACACUACUGGUAAUUUAGGUAAAUUUGCAGCUUUUUGGAAAGCAUUAAGUUCGGUUGUCUAUGCUUAUGGGGGUGUUCAAGGUAUUUGUUUAUUAUGUGGAGAAACUGAAUAUCCAAGACGGACAAUCUAUAGAACUGGGAAAAGAGUAUUUGUUCGUGUUUUGAGUUUAUAUCUUUCUGCAGUUUUAAUUGUCACCAUGAUUGCUAAUCCUAGAGAUCCAAAGAUUGCAAAUAGUUCCGGAAAUGCUACUAGUUCUCCAUUUGUUGUUUCAAUUCAAAGAGCCGGUAUUAAAGUCUUACCACAUAUAAUUAAUGCAAUUGUAUUGAGUUCAGCAUUUUCAGCAGCUAAUUUGCAACUUUUAAAAGUCAGUAGAACACUUUUCGCUUUAGCUGGUAAAAAACAAGCACCUAAAAUUUUCUUAAAAGUUAAUAGACAUGGUAUACCUUAUGUUGGUGUUGGGUUUGCAUGUUUGUUUCUUUCGUUAGCAUUCAUGUCAGUGUCGUCGGGCUCAUCAACUGUAUUUUCCUGGUUUCAAAAUAUCACCUCUAGUAAUAUUUUGAUCAGUUGGUGUCUUAUUGCUUUUAAUCAUAUUAUGAUGACCAGAGCCAUGAAAGCACAAGGAUAUUCUAGAGAUAUGUUACCUUAUAAAUUUAAAGGAGGACAAUACUGUUCGUGGAUAUCGUUAUUUUUUUCAAUGUUAUUUUUAUUAACUGGAGGAUUCCCAUGUUUUAUUAAGGGAAAUUUUGAAUUUUCAGAAUUAUUCACUGCUUAUUUUGUUAUUCCACUUGCAUUUUGUCUUUAUGUAUUCUGGAAACUUCUUAAAAGAACAAAAUUCAGAAAAGCAACCGAUGUUGAUUUGAAACUGUUAUUCCAAGAUGUUGAAGAUAAGCCUGAACCACCCUUCCCCAAAAUUACCGGUUGGAGAAUGAUCACCUACCUCUGGGAUUAA